AUGUCUUCCUCAACGCAAGAACCAACGCACAUCCGCAAAGUCGCCCUCAUCGGCGGCACCGGACAAGUCGGCUCCCACAUCCUCACCCACCUCCUUGGUACGGGCAAACACCAGGUCACAGCUCUAACCCGACAUGCCAGCACCGGCACGCUCCCCACUAACCCCAACCUCACCGUCGUUAAAGUCGACUACGACAACAACACAGCCCUCACCGCCGCCCUCUCCAACCACGACUUCCUCAUCAUAACCCUCUCCGCCCGCGCCCCACCGACUCUCCACCCCCGUAUCGUGUCCUGUGCCGCCGCCGCUAAAAUCCGCUGGAUCAUGCCCAACUACUUCGGCUACGGCAUCGGUGAUCGCGCACUCAGUCGCAAAGCUGAACUUCCUGCCAACUUCGAGCGCUACAUUGACGAUGUGAAAAGCACACCCGGACUCGAUUACACAGCUCUUGUAUGCGGCUUCUGGUACGAAUUCAGUCUCGCAAUGGGGGAACCGUGGUUUGGCUUCCGGAUCCGCGAUAGGAGCGUGACGAUGUAUGGAGACGGGAUGAAGAAGGUUAAUUUUACACCGGGUGCUGCGGACGCGUGA